UGAUAGGUACACAUCAGCUAGCUUCUUUAGCGUAGUUUCUUAUUCAAAGUAGUAUUCAUAGAAACAUAUACUCCGUACUAUUUUCUUUCAGUGAUCGUAGUUGAAUCUUAAUUGGCAUUUGGGUGGGUAGUUGGAACAGCCAUUUCUGCUCUGCUCUCUGCGAAAAGAUGAAGUUCGGGAAGGAACUGGCUUCCCAGAUGGUUCAAGAAUGGGGGGAAGCAUACAUGGAUUACAACUUUCUAAAGGGAGUUCUGAAAGAUAUCUCGCGAUUCCGGCGGCGAAACGCGGCGGCGCAAUCAUCUGUUCCGGCGGCGGCGGCGACGCGGAAGAAUUCAUUGAAGAGAAGGCUGUCCAUGUACCGGGCUUUUAGCGGGUUGACGAAUCGAUUGAGCAGCCCUAGAGGCACUCCCAGGAGCAAUCAUGAGGAUGAAGAAGUUAUACUGGUGAAUGCUGUGGAGCAGGAAGGGAUUGGAGCGCCGCAGUACCAAACAAUGUUCCUUAUGUCGUCAGAAGCCGGAGGAGAAUACGAGCUGGUGUUCUUCAGAAGGCUUGACGAUGAAUUCAAUAAAGUUGUUAGGUUUUACAGAGAGAAGGUGGAGGAAGUGAGGAAGGAGGCGGAUGAGCUAAGCAAGCAAAUGGAUGCACUUAUAGCUCUCCGGAUCGUCGUAGAAAAACCUCCGGUGGAUAUCAAUGGCGCCCAGUCCCAGAGAAGAACAGAUUCUGCAGUCAUUGAAGCUAAGUCACAUAUGGAUGCAAUACAAGAAAUUGAGAUGAGUGGUGAAGAGGUUGCAGAAGAUGGUGAAACAUCUGCAGGAACUGCGACAAUGGCUGAUCAGAACACAAAGAUUGAAGAAGAGAAGACUAACAACUUCACAGAUUUCAGGCCUGCUCCAUUACACGUGUUGUACGACGUAAGAGUCAACAUCCAGCCUGAAACUCCCAUCUCCACUUUGAAGAACAUUUUGAUGGCAUCAAACUCUGAACUCAAGUACAACAGGGCCGAGCUAAGGAAGGCUGAAGAAAGAUUGAGAAAAGCAUUCAUGGAGUUCUAUCGAAAGCUUAGACUUCUGAAGAGUUACUGUUUCUUGAACACAUUGGCAUUUUCCAAGAUCAUGAAGAAGUAUGACAAGAUCACUUCAAGGAAAGCUUCAAGGUCAUACUUAGAGAUGGUUGAUAAGUCUUAUCUUGGAAGCUCUGAUGAGGUUAGUAGACUCAUGGAAAGAACAGAAGCCACAUUCAUAAAGCACUUUGCCAAUGGAAAUAGAAGGAAAGGAAUGAGUGUUUUAAGGCCUCAUGUGAAGCGCGAGAAGCACAGAAUCACAUUUUUUCAUGGCUUGUUCUCGGGCUGUUCAAUAGCAUUAGUUGUAGCUAUUAUUGUUUCUAUACGUGCUAGACAUCUUCUUCAACACGAGGGGAGUGAUCAGUUUAUGGAAAAUAUAUUCCCACUUUACAGUUUAUUUGGAUUCAUUGUCCUACAUAUGCUCAUGUAUGCUGGGAAUGUAUACUUUUGGAGGCGAUACCGCAUAAAUUACCCCUUUAUAUUUGGCUUCAAGCAAGGAACAGAACUUGGUUAUAGAGAAGUUCUCCUCCUUGCUUCAGGCAUUUCUGUACUUGCUUUGGCUGCUGUUCUCUGGCACUUGGAUAUGGAAAUGGACCCUGUAACAAGAAGUUAUAAGGUGCUCACCGAGUCGGUUCCAUGGAUCCUGAUUUCUGUUCUGCUAACAAUAACAUUCUGCCCUCUCAACAUCGUGUAUCGAUCAAGUCGCUUCUUCCUCAUUAGAUGUGCCUGGCACUGCAUCUGUGCUCCUCUUUUUAAAGUGACCCUGCCUGAUUUUUUCUUGGCAGAUCAACUUACCAGCCAGGUUCAGGCCAUCAGGAGCUUUGAAUUCUACAUCUGUUACUAUGGAUGGGGAAACUUCAGACAAAGAUCAAACACAUGUCAGGACAGUGAUGUGUAUAAAAUCUUUUAUAUAAUUGUAGCAGCAAUCCCAUUCGUUGUUCGGUUACUUCAGUGCCUUCGUCGCUUGUUCGAGGAGAAAGACAAUAGCCAAGGGUUGAAUGGUAUCAAGUACUUCACAACAGUUGCUGCACUGGUGCUAAGAACACUGUAUGAGCAAAAGAAAGGAACAGCCCUGAGAGUCCUGGCAGCAGCCUUUUCAGGGAUCACGACCAUUGCCAAUACGUACUGGGACAUUGUUAGAGAUUGGGGUCUGUUGGAGAGGAACUCCAAGAACCCUUGGUUGAGGGACAAGCUCCUUGUUCCAAACAAGGCUGUUUACUUUGCUGCAAUUGUUGUGAACAUCAUUUUGAGGCUGUUAUGGAUGCAACUAAUUCUGGGAUUUAAUCUUCCGUUCCUCCAUAGGAAAGCCACGGCUGCCAUUGUUGCCUGUCUGGAAAUCAUCCGCCGCGGCAUUUGGAACUUUUUCAGGUUGGAGAAUGAGCAUCUGAAUAACGUUGGAAAAUAUCGAGCGUUCAAGUCUGUGCCAUUGCCAUUUAACCAUGAAGUGGACAAGAGCUUGUAGCGCUUGACAAAUGACAAUGUCUUUUUUGCCUUAUUUUUAUCUUUUUUUUUUUUUUUUUUUUCGGAAUUCUUUUUUUGUAUAUUGCCAUGUCAUUUAGUAAAAUAUUCGUUUUAAUGGACCAAAAUCCU